AUGGCGGAUCCACUUCAACUGGCCUACUCUUCCAUCGGGAACGGAGGUGUUAACCCCGAUACAGCCGCUACCGCGCGUAGUUGUCUGCCUCUAGGAGACAUUGACUGUACGUGGGAGACGGUGGAUACUCCACUGACGUCGAAUCCGAAGACUGUGACGUGGAUUGUCACGCUUACGGAUGUUUUGUACUCGUUUUUCUUCAUGUGUUUCCUGCUCUUCUACUCGUAUCGAGCUACGAAGGCUAUCAAGGAGCAUCAGAACAAACAUCUAACACCUGCCAGAUACGCUGUGAUGGUGCGUGGAUUGCCCAAAGACGCGACGGAGAAGCAGAUUCUGGAUCAUUUCAAUAAUCUGUACGACCUACAUAAGGACGAAGAGUAUCGUAAGCUCUGGUUCGGCUGUUGUUGGGGUAGAAGGCACAAAGUGAAGCGCUCGAGAUCCGAGAAGGCGGUGAAUAGGAAUCUGGUGUCCAAUGUGGACCAUUUGGAAGAAUCUGCGACGAUUAAUAAGGACCUUUAUCUCAACACAUGGAUAGCAGAAGUCAGUGUGGCGCAUCCGACGGGAGGACUCUUGCGGACUUAUCUGUCCUCCAAGCAUCUCGGAGACAAGAAAGAGGAGGUCGAAGCGCUUAUCCAGACGCUAGAAGCCGAGAAAAGCCUCGCUCCCAUGGAUUUUAAUGCUGCAGACGAGAAAUUGAUCCACUCGUCGAGAAAGAAACUGGAUAAAAUUCAAACUCGACUUGAAAAAACCCAGCGGAGAAUCAAGGAUAUUCUUCCGGAAUCCGCCGAUACAAUAGACAAGAAAAUGAAUGGCAACAAGACGAAGACUUCCACUUCAAAGGACAAGCUAGCAGCUGCUGCGAAAGCUGCUAAAAUCGCAGCGACAAACACCCAGCAAGGGUUUAAUUGGGAGGCCUGUGAGUGCGCCUUUGUGGUGUUCAAUAAUCUGGAAUCCAGACGUCGCUGUCUUCUAGAUUAUCGUCAAUCCACGCGCUGGUUGGCGCGUAAUUGGCAGCCGGAAGAACUGCAAUUCCGUGGAGAAUUUCCGCUUAUUGUGACGAGAGCUCCCGAGCCCUCGAACAUCUUGUGGGAAAAUCUAGAAGUUACCAACCGAGGACGCUUUUAUCGCCAAUUAGUGACGAAUUUGGUGACAAUUGCGCUUCUGGUGACGUCAUGUGCCAUCAUUUCGGCAGCCAAGACGACACAGGACCAAUUCGCGAGCAAAACGCCGCCUGAAGGUCUGUGUGAUCGCGCUCUCCCAGCCGUAUAUUACGCAGAUACUUCGUUCUCUUACAAUGCCCAAGAGAAACCCAUUCUCUGGUCUCUGGCUUGGGAUGCAAAUCAAACAUGCACACCUGGAACAUCCGGAGAUAAUCGGUAUCACAUCGCGUAUACGAAUGGGAUUCUAAAUGAGUUCGAUUCCUCCAGAUUUUCUUAUGGAACAAUCUAUCCGAAUCCGAAUCGAUGUGUGGAUCCGUGUAUCUCGGAAUCGAGUACCGAGGUGUGUAAUACUCUCCCGUGCUUUUACUAUCAGGACCUGGUAAUGGUGGAAGGCAGGGCUUGUCAAGCAUACGACGCGAGUCAUGUGCUGUACUGCUUCUGCUCGACCCAACUGGCUACAAGUCUCAAGAACCAUGGCUUCGUGAACGGUGCAAGGAAGCUUUGGGAUGUCCUCCCAUGUCGUGGAUUUACCAAAGAUUAUCUGGUCAAGAACGCAUUUACUCUUCUCGCUGCUGGCAUCGUGGUAAUUGUGAAUUUCGUACUGAAUAAUUUUUUACGGAUGUUCGCAGUAUUCGAACGACACACUAGCGAAUCUACUAGGACAAUCCGUGUGGCAGUUCGGAUGUUUGGUGCGCAGUUUCUUAACACUGCACUCAUCGUUAUCAUCGUGAAUGCUUCCUUCGGAUUAAGCUCGGUUCCGGUAGCCAAGGAGCUUUUGGGAGGUAAAUACCGGGACUUUGAACGUGGCUGGUAUCCCACAGUAGGCAUGGGUAUCGCUACAACGAUGUUACUUAACGCCUUCUUGCCUCAAUUCACGCUGUUCAUGCAGAUGUACGUCGUCUCUCCUAUUCGUCACUGGUACAAGCGUCGCUCUAUCCGUACACAAGCCAAGAUGGACAAGCUGUACGCAGGUCCAACGUUCGAUAUCUCGUUAAGAUAUCCGAUGGUUCUUAACUCGGUGUUCGUAACAAUGGUAUUCUGCGGCGGCUCACCGGUGUUACUCUUCAUUGCCGCGGUAGCUGCUGCGGGGGUGUACUGGUUCGAUAAAUUAUCCAUUCUCUAUCUGUACAGUAUCAAGACGACGUACGAUGAGAUUCUCGGUGAAGUAACACUUGAGGUUCUUCCGUGGACACUAGCGUUACAUUUGGGAUUCUCCGCGUGGAUGUACGGCAACGCAGAGCUACUGAAAGGCACAAUGCUGGAUCUUCCGUGGCUCUUAAAAUCCGUUGGACUGUCGUCUGUAGUCAAAGAUCAUCCGGACGCGACGUCGGAUGAAUUGUACUAUAUUUUGACCGAGAACCUCGAGAAGUACGACGUGCUGGGCCCCAAUGGAUUCUUGGUGAAGAUUGUGUACUCACACGUGAUGCUGAUGACUGUACUGUGCUGUAUCGUCUCGAUCGGACUCUUGUUGUACACCAUUUUUGGUACGAUCGUGUUCGUCGUACUGGGACAGAUGUGGGCGGUCAUAAAACAUGCGUUAUUGUUCCCGAUAGAGCAGAUCCAGUCGCUAUUCUCAAAGGAAGAUGACGGUCCGAAGGAGACGGAUACUCUUGAAGAAGAGACGUUACCGGUAACAUUGUUACCUGAGUUUACCGAACCUUUUCUGAUGUCGGUAUCGAGGAAACACCGACCGGAUGAAGGGCUUGGAUUCCAGAGAAUUAAAGUGGAUAACACGUACGAACUUACGUGUGUGUGGCCGGAAGAUAUGGUGCAUGAGAACGGGGUGGAACGAGAGGCUGGAGAGCGUAAAUUGACGUGGGAAGUCAUGCAAGCUCCGGUCAAGUCGUACGCUAUUGAAGCUAACGAGAACGAGCAAGGGAUUUGGAACAUGUUCCGGAACCAGUAUCCGUAG